UGUCACUUGCAGCAACUUAAAUGCUGGAAGCAAGUCGACCCUGAGAGAUUUUUUUUUCUUUAUAAACUCUAUUUUAUUUUAUUUUCCCCCCCAAUCAAACUCGCACCAAGAGCUUUAAGAUCAAUCACUUAUAACUUUUUAGCAACUUUUUUCUUUCUUUUCUUUUCUUUUCUUUCUUUUUUAGCUGGCAGUGAAGAAUGCGUAAGAAAGAGGAAACGGACACGCAACAUUAGUAAAUAAAAUAUUCUAACUUAAGCGGUUUUUAUUUUAUUUAUUUUAGUUUUGAAUUAAAAAAAAUAUAUAUGUUUAAAGCUAUCUCAGGUAUUUUUUAGUAACUACACGCGCUUUAUCUAAAGCAGUCUAGAUAAAAGUUUAAUGCAUUAAAAGACAAAUAAUAAUAAAGUCGGGGGAUUUGGGUUUUUUUUUUUUUAAAAAAACAACAAAAGAUUUAUAGUCUAUAUUUUUCCAAACGGAGCUGAAACUGCAGGAUCACAUCAUGUCAUCAUCAUCAUCAUCAUCAUCAUCAUCAUGCAACACGACUCAUCAGCAACAGCAACAGCAGCAACGGGCUAAAGGCAGCACGGGAUCCCCCACCAUCUCAUCAUCAUCAUCAUCAUCAGUCGUUAACGGCGCGAGCCGGUUGCUGCAGCCAGUCCGUGCCACAGUGCCGUACCAGCUGCUGCGCGGGAGCCGCCGCUCCUCUCCCUCAUCCUCUUCCUCCUCUUCCUCUUCUUCCUCGUGUGCGUCAGCCGGGGGCGACGUCGCAGCACCGAGAGCGCCCGGUGCCGCCGCCGCGAGCCCGACGCGAGUAGUGACGCCGCUCGCGCGCCCGCCUGGAAACGGAAGCGGCCACGGCUCCGCGGACUGCGCCGCCGGGCUGAUCGCGCGCUCCCCGCCGCCUGACCGCAAGGGCUCACCGGAGCGGCGCCCCGAAUCACCUGCUUUCCGAGUUGAAAGGGCAAAAGGCCAGCAGGUGUGGAUCAGACGCACUUCCUCUCUAGGUGCCAUCACUGUCCCCUACCUGACCGGCCAGUGGCCCCGUGACGCCUACGUGCUCUAUCCAUCGCGCACGAAAGACAAAUCCACACAGACUCCUGGAUGCUGGAGUGAAGACUCAUCAGAGGGAGAGCUGAGGAACACACACCAGCGCUCGGCGUCCUGGGGCUGCGCCGACCAGCUUAAAGAGAUCGCUAAGCUCCGCCUACAGCUCCAGCGCACUAAGCAGGGAGGAAGUCGCCAUAUUAAGGACUGUAGGGAGCUUCUGUCUCCCCUCCAUUGCUGCAUCUUCACCAACACAUACACUACCAGCAGCAUGUCCAGCCAAGCCACGUCCCCCAUGUCGAAGCCGGCACAGAUGACCCUGCCCAACAUCACUGUACCGAAACCGUCCAUCUCACGAGUGCCCAGCAGCAUGGAGGGCAUCAACCACGAGCUGGAGAAAGUCUUUAUUAAAGAUAAUGGAGAGAAGGAAGAGCUGAAGGCAUUGGAGGUGCCUGAUGGACGCCGUGCCCCAUUUCCUCCUCAGCAGCGGAGCAGCAGUACAUGUGGUUUGGAUUCUCAGACCCCGGCAGUACUUGGUCGCUCCAGCAGCUGCUCCAGCGCAUCCCCGUGUCCAGUCGGAUCACACGACGGCAGUCCGUACUCCACCGACGAACUCCUCGAUGACCGAGAUAAAGACAGCGGCAGCAGCUCUCCUCUCCCCAAGUUUGCCUCUUCACCUAAACCUAACAACAGCUACAUGUUCAAGCGGGAGCCUCCUGAAGGCUGCGAGAAGAUCAAAGUGUUCGAAGAAAUGACGUCGAGACAGUCCUCUACUACCCCUCUCUUCUCUUGCCCCGACAAAAACAAGGUGAACUUCAACCCCACUGGCUCGGCUUUCUGCCCCGUCAGAAUACCCGGCGCUCAGCUUCAGCACUCGGCCUCCCAAGCUGAUGAAGAGCAGGAGGAAGGAGGACAGCCCAGUGCUGUGACCUCCUCUGCCAUGUACGCCCAGCUCCACCCCACUCAGGUCUCCAUCAGCACCAGCACAGACGAUCCGCCAGAAUCAGACGCCGUGUCUCCAUCCCAACAAGAGGCACCACACACAAACUCAGAACUGUGCAGUUAGCUCCAUUUGCCCAGAGCUGGUCUCUGUGGCACUUUGUGCCCUUCAUAGGUUGACUAGAUGCCCCCACUCUUUCUGGACUAAAACUCCACUGUCUGCAUGUCAUAGUGACACACAAGGGUCCGAACACAAGAAUAACGCUCCACUUCACUUCAAUCCGUCGUCACAUCUGCCCCGUUUUCUUACGCACUGUUACUGACAGGGACUAAAAAGCUACAAGGCUUUAGUGUGCAAGUGUGCUGGUUGUUUUUGGAACAGCACCACAGAAGCUGGUAAAAGAUUAUAUAUAAAUAAAUAUAUAUAUAUAUAUAUAUAUAUAUAUAUAUAUAUAUAUAUAUAUAUAUAUAUAUAUAUAUAUAUAUAUGCUAUUAAUGUUAAAAUAAAGAGUGUGAGGGUUUUAUGGACCACAAUAUAUGCAAAUGUAGGUUCAAUGUUAACCUUAAGCGAAAGAAAGAAAAAAGAGUGAGCUGUCAUUAUUUUCUACAGAAGUCCCAAGAGGCCAUAGGAAUAUUUUUUUUGUCCUGUUAUCUCGAGAUCACAAUCUAUUUUAUUGCAUUAAGAUGAAUGUUUUUGAUUAGAUUUAUCUAAACACUGUUUUUGUGUUGAGGACAUUAACAAUUCUCAGCGAAUAACUAAUAAUUUCUCUUGUUUGCUUUUUGCCCCCAGCACCUAGAAACAUGCUAGCUAGCUAAUAAUUAGCUGUGCUUACAGCCUUACACACCCAUGUGAUGUGCAACAGAGCCUAGGUCUUGGAGCGCUACAGAUCCACCCUUCUAACACGUUAGUCGUAGUUUUAUGAUCGCAAUUAAAAGGUUUUAUAAAAUAUCCUGGCCAUCUACCUGAUAUUAAUAGUGAAGAUUUGCAAAUUUUACACACGCAAUUUAAACAAUCUCAGAAAUCCUGUCAGGUUAGCUCAGAUUAGCUAAUUAUUUAGUUACAGACAAUCAAUAAAAUCCUGUCAGGUUAGCUCAUUUUAACUAGCUGACUUGUUAUAGAGUUAAAAUCCUGUCUGAAAUCCUUUUUUUGCAAGCUGGCUAAAUGAUUAUGACCUAAAAAUACUUUCAGAUUUCCUGUCAGGUUAUCUUAUACAGUUUAGCUGCGCCCAUGUUAGCUAUGUAGCUAGGUGGUGUUAGCAAUGAAAAUUGUGUUAAAGGUUAUGAACUAAAAUAUCCGGUUAGCCCGUAUAGAUUAGGUGGUUGGUAAAUAGCAUUGAAGAUGAUAAAAAGUUUCUAAAUCUGAUUUAACAAUCCUGCCAGACAUCCUAUCAGAUUAGGCCAUGCUAGCUAGCUGACUAGCUUUAGUAUUGAAUGUUAUAAACAUUUCAAAAAUCUGAUAUAAAAAUCCUGUCAGAAAUCCUGUCUUGCUAGCUAGCUGGCUGGAUUCAUCAGUGAAUAUUAACAUUUAUAAAUAUGAUUAAAAAAUCCUGUCAGAAUUCCUGUCAGAUUAGGUCAUGCUAGCUAGCUGGCUAGAUUUAGCAGUAAAUAUUUGUCAAUAUUAUUCAAUAUUAUUCUUGUUUUGAGAAAAACAAGUCGUAAUGUCGAGAUAAUCAGCAAGCGAUCGAGUAAUCCACGACCUCUUGGGACUCCUGGGGUUUUGUCUACUUUAUUCGCGUCUUAUUUAUAUACAGUUUGGCAUCAAGUUCUGGUAAGAAUUUUUUGGAUUCGCUUUUUUUUUUUUGUUUGUUUGUUUUUGUUUUUGGUGUGAUUCAUUUUCUCACGGAUGUGGAUCUGAACGAUUGCACAGCUUCGCUUUGUGUCGGGUGAGUGAAAUCCAAGCGAAUAACUGCUUAUCUUAAGCGAGAUGACUCCUUUUUCAGCUACAACACAGUAACGAUUGCGUUUAGUGGAGGGGGGGGGAGGUUACAUUGAAAAAAAAGGCUUCAAGAAGGGUUUGAUAGGUCGGAUGCAUGUAUCUGAAAUUGACCGUAUAUGUUGACGAUGACCGAGUCAUGUCUUGUUUCCUUUCCUUUCUUUUUUUUUUUUUUUAACAUCCACAGUAUGAAUAAGCUCUCUCUAUCUAUAUCUAUAUAUAUCUAUAUCUAUAUAGAUAUAUGGAUAUCUAUAUAAAAAAAACGAUAAAAGCUUAUUUGAGUUGAGAAUCGUUUAUUGAUUUAUGGUAUGUUAUAUAGAGAAGAAGUCUGAUCUACGCUUUGGGAUUAUGUUUACAGUCUGUCUGGGUUUUGUUACUUUUAAGACGAGUACAAAAAUAGUUUUAAGACAAAAAAAAAAAAAGAAGAUAAAUGCAUUUAAAAGAAAGAAAGAAAAAAAAAAAAAAAACGCUAUAGUAUUGCACAGUAUCUGUUUAUAGCCCAGCUUCAGGUGUGAGUUUAAACUCAGGUAAUUUGCACUCUACUGUGUGUCCAUUCACAACCACCUUCCUCCAUACAUACACACAGUCAUACACACCUGAACACACCUCCACACCACCAUCAGCUUUUUAGUUACUCCUGACGUCCUGCGUCAUGAGUGAUCGAGUGAUCUCGUUUGUAGCGGCAAUUCAGUUGAUUCAGGAGGUUGUGAGUGCACCGUGGUUGUGGGAUCUCCGUCAGACAGAUGUUGUUUUAUGAGCUACGGAUGAGUUCUAACGCACAAAUGUUCGCUUGCUUGUUUAGUCCUACUUUGCAAAUAUGAAGGCGUGUGUUUGAACGAGUAGUUUCGGCAAUUGUAAACAAAUCAUCAAUACAACAGCUAGUGUAGACAAUCUGCAAAAUUACUGCUUACUCUCAUUUUAUUUUACUUUUUUUUUUAAUGGUUGAAUCAUCUGUAUCAUCGACGCAACCCCAAUGCUACGGCUCAUAGGAAAAUGCUAGCUCAUCAUCAUAGAAAUACUAGUUUCUUGCUAGCAGUGGCAUUAUGGCAAUAGCUAUAGUCUCAUAUGAUAAUGACAGAUUAGAGGCAGAUCAGAUUAGCUUGUUCUGAUUGGUGCUUUUUCUCUUGGGGCCCCACAAUGAUCGAAGUUUCUCCAGAGAUUGUAAAUUAUUCCCAAAUAAUUAACCACCUAUAAGGUUACUCUUAAGCUCAUGGAUCAAACUAACCAUGCAGUGAUACAAGCACUACAGAGAGAUGUAAGUCACUUUGUCCAGGAAAUAUCUAGUAAAACCUGUCCCCAAAAACAAGACACUAUCCUGAAACAUCAAUCCAGUGGUCUUUUCUCUGAAUGGAGACAGGAUCUGAUGGGACAGAACUGAGCAGUUGAGGGUUAAAGGAGAGAUCUCGCUGAGAUCUCACGUGGCUUUGGUGUAUGAACUCACAACCCUCGGAUUGCUAACACAGAGCUGUCAGUGUUGCAUGGAUCCCGUCACCUUCACUUUCACCUUCCACUUUAUAGCUCUUAUUAUUUAUAACGCAGGUGUGUAUGGCUCAUAAUUUUUUUUUUCCCAGCAGCCCUGGAAAGGUGAUAAGGAGAUAUCUACCAUGUUUAAAAUGAUAUCACCAUGGCAACGUUUUAAGAAAAAUCUUGCUAUUUUGGGCUCUUCGCUAAGAUUAUGAACAUCUCCUGAUUAUAAAUUUGUCUUCAAGCUCGAUUUAACUGAAAUUCUAAUCAUGAAAUAUAAAUUCAAAAGAUUAUAUUAUAUUAUAUUAUAUUAUAUUAUAUUAUAUUAUAUUAUAUUAUAUUAUAUUAUAUUAUAUUAUAUUAUAUUAUAUUAUAUUUACAAAAUGCAAAUAUAAAUCCGAGUGACAUCACCAUCAUCAUCAUCAUUCCAUACCCCUGUGUCUGUGAUCGGCAUCUUUAGAUAAACCGUAUAUACUUUAUUUUCUUCAUCCUGCUCCUCAUUAUCACACAUUAGUAGGUUGCUGAAUGAAUGGUACUGCUAUUUCAGUGUCUAGAAUCUGUGCAAUAAUAAUAAUAAUAAUAAUGAAAUGUUAUCUUUUGCUGUUUGCUAGGGAAAGGAAUUGCUUUAAAUCCUCACAUUUUAGAAGAAUGAAUAUUUCCACUCCAUUCUGCAGUAUUUGAUGAUAGAGCGGAACAGAGCACAUUCAUGGCAUCGUUUCAGUCCCGAGUUCAGAGACUUGACGUUUUCCUAACUAGGCAUAUUUUUCAUACGUCAUGAUCACGUUCUACUGAAGGAACCGCUUGUACAUCAGAGGUGCCCAAGUCUAGUUCGAGAGAUCUACUACUUCCAACAAACCUGGCUCUAACAUUCAGGUCAUUCCUUAAGAGGAAUCAAACACUCCUGGGUUUAGAUCAACAGAACCUGGCUUGAGCACUCCUGCUGUACAUAUCGCUUUAAACCACUCCAUUAUCACACGUGUGAUGUUUCCCAUAACUUUAGCACUAGGAGCUUGCAGUGCUUCGGCUCGGUUACUGUGAGUGUGUCAUGUUUCUACUGAUAUUCAAAGCUUUGAUAUUACAGCUCAUCUGUUCACACACACAUUUACAGUUCUGGUUAGAAGACUGAAGAUGUAAUGAAGGAAGCAACUUUCGAAGGGAAAUUGAAGAAACUGAAGCGCGAUUGCAAGAGGAAUGCACAGUCCAAUCGUUUGUUGAAGCCUCCAAACAAAUCAGUGUCGAUAUGGUUCAAGACUUUGUUGUAGCCAUGCAGUAUCAUAUAGUGCCAGCUCCUGAGCUUGUUGCGUAACGUUUCUGCACAUAUCUGAGUUCCACAUUUGCUCUGCUAUCCCAUCCGGCCGUACCGAAAACCCACGACUUCUUUUCUUCAGCCUGAGAUGGCUGUUUCAUUACUUUUGUUUUUCCUGUAAAAUAGAGAUCUUGUGUCUUAUUUAAAUAAAGUUAUUAGCAGAUAUGA